AUGCCACCUAGAAAAGUAGCUCGUAAAGUGACACAACAACCAAUGGAAGUGUUAAAACAUCGGAAGACUGAAAAGAAGAAGGGAAGAAAACGAGAAAAGAAAAAGGGAAAGGAAACGAUAAAAGCUUCUUUAACAACAGCACCGAUAUCGUUAAUGGGAACACAAAAUGGAAUCACCAUAAAUAAAGAUGAACAUAUUGAGAUGGAAGAACCAGCGAUUUCUUCGUCACAAUCUUUAAUGAUGAACGGUGAAUACGACAGUCCGCGAAUGAGUGAACGUGGGAAGAAGCGAAAACUUGUCUCUUUGGACCUAAGCAACUCUUCUAUUGCAAAUCGAACUCUCAAUAGCAGUGCCGGUAGUUCAACCACCCGUCGGUUGAAAAAGUUCCAUUUGUCGGUUGAGAGUUUUUUGCCAACUGAAAAAGGUGAUCGAGUGUUGAGUUGUGGCGAAGGCGAACAACUUGGACAUCCAGGGCGCAGUACAACUCGGAAGCCUCGAGCCAUUAGUACGCUUCCAGAAGAGAAAUUAAUCGUUCAGGUAAUAGCAGGUGGAGUUCACUCAUUGGUGUUAAUGGAAGAUGGUACAGUGUAUGGUUGUGGAAUAAACGAAAAAGGUACUAUGCCGGCUGAAGGUGUCGAGCCAGAGGGAUCAUCGGAUAAACUGGCUCCAAUUAAAUUCAGUGACUUACUGAUACAGCGCCAUGGAAAGGUAGUUAUGCUUACCGCUGGUGCUAGUUUCUCGGCAGCACUCACUGAUAAAGGAAGUGUAAUUGCUUGGGGUAAUUUACGGGGUAUGUCGGGCUGCAUUGAAAGCCACGAAACUUUGCUGGAAAUGGAGAAACAACCAGUAGUCAUAGUGCAACACCAUCAAAAAGUCAUCGUAAAGAUUGCAGCAGGUGAGAAUCAUUUGGUAAUGCUAACAGAGAGUGGAGAAGUGUUAACGUUCGGUGAUGGCUCGGUUGGUCAAUUGGGCAGAUGUUCACGGGUGUCGCACAUUCGCUCCCAACGAAUGGUAAACGAUUCACCAGACUCGUUAAGAAUCUCAGUUUAUGAUAAGGGUAAAAAGAAACUGGUAUUAUUCGAUAAUAUUAUGGCCGGUGGAUUUUGGACUGCUGCUCGAUCUAUUGAUGGCGUUAUUUAUGUAUGUGGAUUGAACAAUUUUGGGCAGUUGGGUGUGCCAACACCAAAAGCGCUAGAAGAUGAAGAUGAUGAACCAGAACUGAAGAUAAUGCAUCCGAUUAAGGCGAGCGCAUUCGAAAGCACAACAGUUGUUGAGUUGAGUGGUAUCCAGCAUAUCAUUGCUUUGAAUACACAGGGUGAAGUAUAUGGCAUCGGGAAAAACACGGAUAAUGCGCUGGGAUUAGGCACGUGGAGUGGUAAGGAGGAUGACCAUUGGAAAUAUUCGGAACUACAAAAGAUCGAUGUACCGGAGCAAAUCAAGGGAAUAUCGGCUAGUCUUGGUUGCUCGAUUGUUUGGACUGAUAGUGGAAAUGCCUACUCUUGGGGUUAUGAUUCCUCCGGUCAGCUUGGUUUGGGGAUCAAAGAUGAUGAUGAUAAGAUGGUUCCGCGACCACAAAAGAUUACUUCGGCACACCUCGAUGGUUAUCGCGUUGUUGAAGUAUCAUUGGCCGAUAAUCAUGCUCUUUUCCUUGCUAAGAAGUUAUGA